AUGGUACAAGUAGGACUGCAUGAAGAAGCCAGAAAUAACUUUCUGAUGCAGGUGAUGGAGGAACUGAUGAUGAAAGUUGUGCUCCUGGACGUUCUUCUUACAAACAAGGAAGAGAUGGUUGGGAAUGUGAAGGCACGCCAGAUCUUAGAUUUAACACCUGUGAAGGAGCUGGUGAGCCUGAAGUGGAAUAUGUAUGGACGUCCCUAUUUCUGCUUCCUGGCUUUAUUCUAUGUACUCUACAUGGUCUGCUUCACUAUGUGCUGUGUCUACCGGCCACUGAAACCUCGAACAGGCAAUAAGACAAGCAGUAGAGACAAUACAGUCUAUGUCCAGAAAAUGCUGCAGGAAUCUUAUGUAACAUAUGAGGAUGAGUUGAGGCUGGUGGGAGAACUGAUCACAGUUAUUGGAGCUGUAGUAAUUUUGAUCCUUGAGAUCCCAGAUAUCCUUAGAGUUGGAGCAGCGAAAUACUUUGGACAAACCAUCCUGGGAGGACCUUUCCACAUAAUUGUUAUCACAUAUGCUUGCAUGAUUCUGGUAACCAUGGUGAUGCGUCUUACCAGCACUACUGGUGAGGUGGUGCCCAUGUCCUUUGCCCUGGUACUAGGAUGGUGCAAUGUCAUGUACUUUGCACGAGGCUUCCAGAUGCUUGGGCCCUUCACCAUCAUGAUCCAGAAGAUGAUAUUUGGAGAUCUUAUGCGCUUUUGCUGGCUCAUGGCUGUGGUGAUACUAGGCUUUGCAUCAGCUUUUUACAUCAUCUUCCAGACAGAGAACCCUGAAAACCUCGGGCAGUUCUACAACUAUCCCAUGUCCUUGUUCACCACCUUUGAGCUGUUUCUCACUAUCAUUGAUGGCCCUGCAAACUAUGAUGUAGACCUGCCUUUUAUGUACAGUGUGGUAUACUUUGCCUUUGCCAUCAUUGCCACCCUCCUUAUGCUCAAUUUGCUAAUUGCCAUGAUGGGUGACACCCACUGGAGAGUGGCUCAUGAACGAGAUGAACUCUGGAGAGCCCAGAUUGUUGCUACCACUGUCAUGCUGGAACGAAAACUGCCACGGUGUCUCUGGCCUCGCUCUGGGAUCUGUGGGCGGGAGUACGGGCUGGGGGACCGAUGGUAUCUCAGAAUAGAAGACAGAAUUGAUCCCAACAAACACAAGAUGAUGCGAUUCACAGAAGCAUUUAAGGGUCAUGAUAGGGAUAACUGUGAUAAAAGUCUGGAAAAGCUGGAAGUUGAUAGGAACAUCCUGUACAAGAAGGACAUGUCCAUUCCAUCAUUGUCACGAGGCACAUCUAGGACUAAUUCUCAGAGUGGCUGGGAGAUCCUGAGACGCAAUACUUUCCACCAACUUCAUGGAGAAAUCAAUCAUGCCAUGGAAGAAGUCUAUGAUGUCUAACCUUCUUUAUUCAUUCCACAGCAUGGAUUGCAUUUGCCACAGUAGUUGUCUCCUCCAACUGUUCAUACACACUCCAGCAUGCUACAGAUUCAACAGCAUUGCAGAGCUCUGCCAGUGCAUCAAAAAUUGUUCCUGGUAUCUUUGUUAUGAUAUAUAGAUUGUCUUUCUCUCCUACUUUUUAGGGGUCCCUGCUUUUGCAUUAAUAUUUGUGCCAAGUUAGUUGGCUUGUUGAGCUAAGGCUUGUAGUUUAUAAUGCUUGUAAAACCCCACAGAACUGAGCAAUAGAAGCCAGCACUGGAAUUUCAACAAUUUACUAAGAGGCAGUUAGUAAGACCUUUCCCAGAGUGUAACAUAUAUGCAGGUCACUUAAAAAAUUAUGCAUCCUGUUUAUUUCCAUGAAAAAUACAACAGAAACAAAGACCAUAAUAAAAUUGUUUGA